AUGGAACCAUCGACUGGCUGGACACACAAGGAAGCAGAAACUCGAAUUGGUCCCCAACCAGAUCAGAGCGGGGGGUGGAGCCCUGGAGACCGGAGUGCAGUAGCUGCACCUAUCCCCCCAGCCCUAUCCUUCCUCCUCCUCUUGCCACUGGCCAGUGCCCUACAGCCCACCCCACUGCCUUUUCCAGAACUGAGGUUGGUGGGGGGUCCGAGCCGCUGCCGGGGGCGUCUGGAGGUCCUGCAUGGUGGCUCCUGGGGCAGCGUUUGUGACGAUGACUGGGACGUGGUGGACGCCAAUGUGGUAUGUCGUCAGUUGGGCUGCGGCCUGGCGCUCCCUGUGCCGAGGCCCCUUGCCUUUGGGCAGGGCCGAGGCCCCAUCCUGCUGGACAACGUGGACUGCCGCGGUCAGGAAGCUGCUCUGAGUGAGUGCGGCAGCCGAGGCUGGGGAGUCCACAACUGCUUUCACUACGAGGAUGUGGCUGUCCUGUGUGAUGAGUUCCUGCUCACACAACCCCCAACAAAGAAAGUGUUAACCAGUAGGGCACCCCCUACCACUACCCAGAAUGGGAAAGGUGAGGGCAGUGUGCGCCUGGUGGGGGGCGCAGGCCCCUGUCAGGGCCGAGUGGAGAUCCUGCACGGAGGCCUGUGGGGCACUGUGUGCGACGAUGACUGGGGGCUGCCAGACGCCACCGUGGUCUGCCGCCAGCUGGGCUGCGGGGAGGCCCUGGCCGCCACCACUAACGCCUUCUUCGGCUACGGCACGGGACACAUCCUGCUGGACAACGUGAACUGUGAAGGCGGCGAGCCCCGCCUGGCAGCCUGCCUGAGCCUGGGCUGGGGCGUGCACAACUGCGGCCACCACGAGGACGCUGGAGCGGUCUGCGCAGUUCUAGGGCCCCCGACUCUCACAGCACUGCCACCCUCGGCCACAAGAGAGGACUGGGCCUGGCACACAGAGCCAGAGGCUACAAGAGUCGGUGCCCUGCCUUCCAGGGAGACAGCAUUGUUCACCACAGCCCCCUGGGUCGCGGGGAAGAAAAGCGGGCGGCUGCGGCUGGUGGGCGGCCCGGGACCGUGCCGCGGCCGCGUGGAGGUUAUGUACGCCGGGGGCUGGGGCACCGUGUGCGACGAUGAUUGGGAUUUCGCGGAUGCGCGCGUGGCCUGCCGUGAGGCAGGAUGCGGGCCUGCCCUGGGCGCCACCGGCCUCGGUCACUUCGGCUUCGGCCGCGGCCCCGUUCUGCUGGACAACGUGGGCUGUGCCGGCACGGAGGUCCGCCUGAGCGACUGCUUCCACCUGGGUUGGGGUCAGCACAACUGCGGCCACCACGAGGAUGCGGGAGCGCUCUGCUCAGGCCCAGAGGAGCUAGGACUGCAAGUCCAGCAGGAUGGUUCUGAGACCACCCGAGUUCCCACGCCUCGGCCCAGGGACGGGCACCUACGUCUGGCCAAUGGAGCCCAUCGAUGCGAGGGGCGUGUGGAGCUCUUCCUAGGACAGCGGUGGGGCACUGUUUGUGAUGAUGCUUGGGACCUGAGGGCAGCCGGUGUCCUGUGCCACCAGCUGGGCUGUGGUCAAGCUCUGGCAGCCCCUGGAGAAGCCCACUUUGGCCCAGGCCGAGGCCCUAUCCUCCUGGACAAUGUCAAGUGCCGUGGGGACGAAAGCACCCUUCUGCUCUGCUCUCAUAUCCGCUGGGAUGCCCACAACUGUGACCACAGCGAGGAUGCCAGUGUUCUGUGCCGGCUGUCGUGA